AUGGAAGGGAAGACCGUCAUUGUGACGGGCGCCAAUGCUGGCAUCGGAAAGACUACGGCAGCAUCUCUCUAUGCCAAUGGAGCAUGUGUCAUAAUGGCAUGUAGAUCGUUGCAACGCGGAGAGGCAGCCAGGCAGGAAAUCGAAGCGAUGUUGGCAUCACCCGAGAGCAGCCGCAAGCAACUUUGGAUUCAUUCAGACCGACCUCACCCGGGAAAGCUUUUGGUCAGGGAGCUCGAUGUUUCGGAUCUCGAAUCAGUGAAACGUUUCGCAAUCUCCAUUGUCAAGGAAUUCUCCAAGAUCGACGUCUUGGUGAACAACGCUGGUAUUAAUGGAAUGGGAACCGAUAUACCGUCCAAGACUCCACAAGGAAUCCCUUUCAUCUUCGGCACCAACUUCGUUGGUCACUUCCUCCUUACACGCCUCCUUCAUCCCAACCUGUCGAAGUCGGGAGGAGGCAGGAUUGUGAACCUGUCCUCCGUCAUGCAUCACUGGGGAUCGAAAGAUGUGUCCAAAGCUGUUUCCUCAGGGAAGUACCCGAGACAAUAUCAGAACUCCAAGUUGGCCAUGGUACACCUGACUGCUGAGCUACAACGUCAGUAUGCCGAGACAAGAGUCUCUUCCGUCGCUGUGAACCCAGGCUUCGUUGCAAGCGACAUCUGGAGGGGAAUACGCCCAGACUCGCUCGUUGGACGAAUGUUCAGGCUAGCCAUGGCCGUGCUUGCACUCGACACGAAGCAAGGUGCUGCUACCUCCGUCGCUGCAGCCUGCAUGUCAGAUGAGGAGAUAUGCGGCUCGAAAGUUCCCCUUUACCUUGUGCCAUAUUGGGUGCCGUCGUUCGCAAGGCUGCCGUUCGAAAUGAUGGGCGUGUUUACGGGUGUGCACUCUUGUCCACCACGUGUUUCAAAGAAUGAAAAGCAAAUUUCCAUGGAGCUUUGGAAGGAAUGUACAAAGCUGUGCGCAGGUUACUUGGAGUGA